GGAGAUCGACCAAAUCAAGGACAACAAGGAGAAGCCGGCGUAGUGAAUGGUGAAGUAGACGGUGACCUUCAGGCUGCACCAGGUAUUGAAGUACGAGGCGAGAUUCGCGUUCUGGCGCAAACGGUAGUUAUUUCCGACAUUUCGUUCAUAAAUGAAUCUUUCCGUGUCCAUACCGAAAUUACUGCCCUUCCUCUUUCAUCGGAUUUGAGGAAUAUUCAUUUACACCUUGGCUCAUGUAAGAUGCAUUUUCUGGAGUUGCAAGAGCUUCCCACUGCAUUUUCCGUUCCAGGUGCUUUGCUGCCACGUGAAUUGGGAGGCCACGGUAGGAUAACUAUCAAUGGUGCAGACUGUGAUUACUCGCGUUUGACGCAACCGACGCUUGCUGCACAAAGUCCCAACCUUUCGAUCAUGGAAACUCUCCCACAGUACUAUAACUCGAUUAACGAAAAAGACGCAUUUCUUCAAAUAACAAUACCUGAUGCCCUUCGUCUCACCAUCCAGCUGUUGAAGUGCAUUACAAUCGCAGUUGAUGUGGUUGUAGAGAAGCCUACUCAAGGCAUAAAGUUCGUCUAUAAUAUUGCACCGGACGGAACCCUUGAUAAAGGAGCUCACGUCUUUACCUACAGGAGCUCCUUGUUGACAAGUGCUUUGCUGCCACGUGAAUUGGGAGGCCACGGUAGGAUAACUAUCAAUGGUGCAGACUGUGAUUACUCGCGUUUGACGCAACCGACGCUUGCUGCACAAAGUCCCAACCUUUCGAUCAUGGAAACUCUCCCACAGUACUAUAACUCGAUUAACGAAAAAGACGCAUUUCUUCAAAUAACAAUACCUGAUGCCCUUCGUCUCACCAUCCAGCUGUUGAAGUGCAUUACAAUCGCAGUUGAUGUGGUUGUAGAGAAGCCUACUCAAGUCAGCCCAAUCUGA